AUGGGGUGCGGCCCGUGGCCCCCGCUGCGCCUCGGGCUCCUGCUGCAGCUCGCGGCGCUGCUCCGGACGCCGGGGCCACAGGUCCAGACCCUCAGGCCAGAGAGCCUCCUGCUAGUGUCCACCCUGGAUGGAAGUCUCCAUGCACUGAACAAGCAGACAGGGGACUUGAAGUGGACGCUGAAGGAUGAUCCCAUCAUCCAAGGGCCAAUGUACGUCACCGAGACAGCCUUUCUCUCAGACCCAGCUGAUGGCAGUCUGUACGUCUUGGGGACCCAGAAACAACAGGGAUUAAUGAAGCUACCAUUUACCAUCCCGGAGCUGGUUCACGCCUCCCCGUGUCGCAGCUCUGAUGGCGUCUUCUACACGGGCCGGAAGCAGGAUGCCUGGUUUGUGGUGGACCCAGAGUCAGGAAAGACACAGAUGACACUGACCACAGAGGGUCCCCCUACCCCCCGCCUCUACAUUGGCCGAACACAGUUCACGGUCACCAUGCACGACCCCAGGGCCCCGGCUCUGCGCUGGAACAUCACCUACCGCCGCUACUCAGCAGCCCCCAUGGACAGCUUGCCCGGGAAGUAUAUGAGCCACCUGACAUCCUGUGGGAUGGGCCUGCUGCUCACCGUGGACCCAGGAAGUGGGGCAGUGCUGUGGACACAGGACUUGGGCAUGCCGGUGAUGGGAAUCUAUGCCUGGCACCAGGACAGCCUGCGCCAGCUACCCCAUCUCACGCUGGCUCGGGACACCCUGCAUUUCCUCGCCCUCCGCUGGGGCCACAUCCGACUGCCUGCCUCAGGCCCCCAGCACACGGCUACUGUCUUCUCUGCCUUGGACACUCAACUUCUGAUGACACUGUAUGUGGGGAAAGAUGAGACUGGCUUCUAUGUUUCUAAAGCACUCGUUCACACAGGGGUGGCCUUAGUGCCUCGUGGACUGACCCUGGCCCCCAUGGAUGGCCCCACCACAGAAGAAGUGACACUCCAAGUCUCAGGAGAACGAGAGGGCUCACCUAGUACUGCUGUUAAAUACCCCUCAGGCAGUGUGACCCUCCCUAGCCAGUGGCUGCUCAUUGGACACCAUGAGCCACCCCCAGUCCUGCACACCACCAUGCUAAGAGUGCAUCCCACCCCAAGGAGUGAGACUGCUGAGAACAGACUCUCAGAGAGCACACAGGCCCCAGCCCUCUUCCCAGAGCUCCGGAGCCUGAGCCGUGAGAAACCUUGGAACCUGGAGCCGCAUCCUGAAGAGAAAACCCCAGACUUGUAUCCAGGGCUGGGACCUCAAGACCUGCUGGCAGCUAGCCUCACUGCUGUCCUUCUGGGAGGGUGGAUCAUCUUCCUAAUGAGGCAGCAACAGCAGCAACUGGUGAAGAAGCAACACCCUCAGCAGACCCUCCUGGCACCCGCAGAUCCUCCUCACAUCUCACACAAUGCUCAGCCCCUGCCAUCAGGGGCCACCUCACAGGGCCAGAAGAGCCUUCCAAAUUCCCCAGAGCAAGCCCAGGCAGUUGAAGACCCAGACGCUGAGCGGCUCACCGUGGUGGGCAAGAUUUCCUUCAACCCCAAGGACGUGCUGGGCCGCGGGGCAGGCGGGACGUUCGUCUUCCGGGGCCAGCUGGAGGGGCGGGCAGUGGCUGUCAAGCGGCUGCUCCGUGAAUGCUUCGGCCUGGUCCGGAGGGAGGUCCAGCUGCUGCAGGAGUCGGACAGGCACCCCAAUGUGCUCCGCUACUUUUGUACGGAGCGGGGACCCCAGUUCCACUACAUCGCCCUGGAGCUCUGCCAAGCCUCUUUGCAGGAGUACGUGGAAAACCCAGAGCUGGAGCGCUGGGGCCUGGAGCCGGUGACGGUGCUGCAGCAGCUGAUGUCCGGCCUGUCCCACCUGCAUUCCCUCCACAUAGUGCACCGGGACCUGAAGCCGGCCAACGUCCUCAUCGCCGGGCCUGACGGGCCUGACGGCCGAGGCAGGGUGGUGCUCUCGGACUUCGGCCUCUGCAAGAAGCUGCCAGCUGGCCGCUGCAGCUUCAGCCUCCGCUCGGGCAUCCCCGGCACGGAGGGCUGGAUGGCCCCGGAGCUCCUACAGCUCCAGCCCUCCGACAGUCCCACAAGCGCAGUGGACAUCUUCUCUGCAGGCUGUGUGUUCUACUACGUGCUUUCUGGUGGCAACCACCCGUUUGGAGAGAGUCUUUAUCGUCAGGCAAACAUCCUUGCAGGGACUCCCAGUCUGACUCACCUAGAGGAAGAGGCCCAUGACAAGGUGGUCGCCAGGAACCUGGUUGAGGCCAUGCUGAGCCCCAUGCCACAGGCCCGCCCCUCCGCUCACCAGGUGCUUGCCCACCCCUUCUUCUGGAGCAGAGCCAAGCAGCUCCAGUUCUUCCAGGACGUCAGCGACUGGCUGGAGAAGGAGUCCGAGCAAGGGGCCCUGGUGAUGGCGCUGGAGGCAGGAGGCUCCACGGUGGUCCGGUGCAACUGGCACAAGCACAUCUCCGUACCACUGCAGACAGAUCUGAGAAGGUUCCGGACGUAUAAGGGAACGUCAGUGCGAGACCUGCUCCGUGCUAUGAGGAACAAGAAGCACCACUACAGGGAGCUCCCGACUGAGGUACGGCAGGCGCUAGGCCACAUCCCUGACAGUUUCGUCCAGUACUUCACAACUCGCUUCCCGCGGCUGCUGCUGCACACGUACGGUGCCAUGAGUAGCUGUGCCUCUGAAAGCCUCUUCCUGCCCUACUACCCACCAGCCUCCAGGGCCAAGGAGCCAAGCCCAGGAGCUGCCGGGACCUGAGGCCGCUAUACAAGGGGUUGGGCCUCAGUGGCAGAAAAGACUGGCAGAGUCUUGGCAGCCUGGGGCUUCUGGAGCAAAGACAUGUCCAG